AUGCUUCAACCAACACCACAACAAUCAUCGGGUGUUGCGAAUUUAUCAUCAUCAACAUCUGGAAGAACAAAUCAUUCCUCGAAUCAAUCCGUUCCGAUGGGUAUUAAUAAUGCAAAUAAUUCAUCUUUAAUUCAAUCGGAUCCACCAACAAGAUAUAGUACUUCUCCGAAUCAAUUUGAUCAAUAUAUGAAAAAGAAGAAAAGAGUUUUCAAUCAUGAAAAGUAUUUUAUUGUAGAAAAUUUAACUGGGAAAGAUCCAAAAACAACAACAAUGCCUAAUUGUACAAAAAUUUACUUUGUGAAUGAUUUUGCUAGUAAUUUUGCUAAAAUUCAACAUCUUCUUCCUGAUGAAAUAGUCGUACAGAUUUUAAGCUUUAUUUCUUUUCCUCUUGGUACUUAUAUGAAACGUAUUUUCCAUCAAAAUAAUAGACAAUUUGUGUAUGAUUACAAUCAACUAGUUAAUGAAAGUAAGAAUGAUACAAAGAACUUGAUUCCUGAUUUUAUGAAGGAAAAUAUUACUUUAAUUCAAACAUGGAGAGAUAUCACAAAAUUACUUUACGGAAAACGUGUUAUUGCUGGUAGCUCAAGUAGUGACAUUAUGGAUUGUAGUGAUGAUGAAAUUAAACAUGGAAGACCUUUCCGUAUUUGGUCUAAUCUUGAUUGUGCAAUUCAAUCCUGUUAUGAAUAUGACCAAGAGUUACCUCUUAACACAAAACAAAUAAGAACAGUUUUAUUCUGUUUCUCGCAAAUAUUAGGAUUUGACUUUAGUGGAAAUACUUCAUUUAAUAAUAGAUGCUUGAAAUAUUUAAUUCAAAGAAAUCCAAAAUUAGAAACCUUGAAUUUGAAAGUAACUAGGGUUGACUAUGAUGGACUAGUUCAUUUACUCAACAAGCAAUCUGAUAAUAAUACUUUGAGGGAAUUGAAGUUAACAAGAACCCUCUUGAGAUCAUCAAUUCCUAUGGAUUUUUAUGGAAAGCUAAAAGCUCUUCGUUCUUUGGAUAUUGUAAAUCAUCAACUCAAAGAUACUGAUGUUGUAAAAAUUAUUCAAUCAAGACCUUUCAUUCACCUCAACCUAAGUGGCUCAUCAAUUCCUAUUGAAAUUGUAACUGUAAAGACUCUCACCUCCUUAAUUCUGGAGGAUUGUGCUUUGAGUGCUGAAAUUGCCAAAACAAUAAUUGAAAAAUUGGAUCGUCUCAAGCAAUUGGAUCUAAGCAAAAAUAAUGGCCUUACACCAGAGGUAUUUGACAAUAUUGCUAAAAACGAAAAUUUACUGCAAUUGAGGUUGGCAGGUACAGAUGUCAAUGAUGAUGUGAUAAAGAAUAUCGCUAAGAGUGGAUCCAUGACUUUACUCGACUUGGAUAGCACCAAAAUAACAACUAAGGGUAUUAAGACAGCAGUAGAGGGUAAUAUAGUCAAAUCUCUCACUUGUCUAAGUGUCAGAAAUUGUGGAAUUACACCACAAAUUGCCAAAACAGAAUUUCCAAACAAUACCAAAAUACUCAAACUUUAA